UCUACUUCGUCGUGGUUUCAGAUUUGCUUGUGAAUAACAUAUACGCUCUUUGCGCUGUAGCAACCAUGGGGAGUAUGGACAAUUAUGAUGAUCAGAAUAAUAUUCAAGAACAACUUGAGGCAGACGAUAGACCCAUUCUGACGGAUGUAGAAGGUGAAAAGAAGGAAUUUAAAAAGAAACGAGAAUACUCAUUAUGGAAGAAGUUACGAAAUUUAGCGCGUUUCGAUAUCAUCGACAUCAGCUUGAAGGUGUUAUUCAUCGUUUUGUCCGUCCCCUGGUUCAUCUCAACUAUCUUUUUCUCCAUAUUUGACACGAAAUGCAUCAUCUUCGACCACGCUUCGGUAGUGAACUGCAGUCAAGAUAUUUUUAUCUACAACCCUAGACACUGGGUAUUUGCCUGGUUCUCAAUGUCUAUCGUGUCUUCCAUUAUUCUCAUCUUCAUCGUUCGUGCGAAUUACAGAAUGAUUGACUACCAAACUGACAAAGCAAAGAAAAUCUUCAAAAAAGGAUAUUUUGUGUCAUUAAUGCUUUUACUUCUGGUUUCUAUGGUCUAUUAUGGCGUUCGACUCUACAAUACCAGAGCAGAAGCGACUAGUUUGUCAAUUUCAUUUCUUAUAUUGUUCCAUGUGCCUGUCAGUGGCUUUCGAAUCUGCUGUUUAAAUUACCUACCCCGCGUUCGCUGGAAAGACGAUCUACAACGUCGCACUCAGUUUUUUUGGAUUCAUAUAAUUCAAGAGAAUUCAAAUUUUAUCAUCUAUUGGUUAGCUCUAAUUUUAUAUUUUUUCGAGAGUGCCUGUAGAGUGGCAAGCGUAAUGCUUGACGUAGCCGAAAAAGUUGCGCCUUUGGUAGAGAAAAAGUUUCCGGAUGAAGUUGGUCAGUACCGGGCGGUACUAAUUAUAGUCACCGGUUUCAGAUUGGCGUUCCACGCCCGCGUGCUCACCUUCUACUGGCAAAAGAUCUUCCACGGGGACAAAGAUCUGUUCUCGGAACCGAAUUCAAGGCUUGUGGAUGAACCUUUGCAAACCGUUGCGGUAGCGAAACAAGAGGAAAUUGGACGGAUUGAGGACGAUAAUUUGCCGGAAAUCGUCUGACUGAUAGGAGUGAACAGAUAUCAUUAUAGUGCUUUUACACUCAAUACAUGCAUUUCACAUGUUUUUGUUGAAUGUUCGAAUGAAAAAAUCCUAGCCAAUUACAGUAAUCGGUAUUCCUUUGUGAAAAAAAGUGGGAAUUUGACCGAUGUCGGGCCACGCCAUCUCUAA